CCGGGCAGUUCGAUCUUCUUACCGGGCAGUUCGAUCUUCUUACCGGGCAGUUCGAUCUUCUUACCGGGCAGUUCGAUCUUCUUACCGGGCAGUUCGAUCUUCUUACCGGGCAGUUCGAUCUUCUUACCGGGCAGUUCGAUCUUCUUACCGGGCAGUUCGAUCUUCUUACCGGGCAGUUCAGUCUUCUUACCGGGCAGUUCGAUCUUCUUACCGGGCAGUUCGAUCUUCUUACCGGGCAGUUCGAUCUUCUUACCGGGCAGUUCGAUCUUCUUACCGGGCAGUUCGAUCUUCUUACCGGGCAGUUCGAUCUUCUUACCGGGCAGUUCGAUCUUCUUACCGGGCAGUUCGAUCUUCUUACCGGGCAGUUCGAUCUUCUUACCGGGCAGUUCGAUCUUCUUACCGGGCAGUUCGAUC